CACAAAGCUUCUCAUCAACUGUGUUUUCCUCUCAUCAUCUCCCCAGUAGCUAUACACACAUUAAUUAUUUGAAGAUAACAACCUUAAUUUUCUCUUCUAUCUUGUUCUUGUCUGAGAGAUCAGAGUAACAGAAAUGGAGGGGAAAACAGGUUGUCUGGGGAAUUUCUUCCAGAAGGCAAAGCCAUACAUAGCCAUGAUCUCCUUGCAAUUUGGGUAUGCUGGAAUGAACAUAAUUACCAAAGUGUCCCUCAACCGGGGCAUGAGCCAUUAUGUUUUGGUUGUCUACAGACAUGCCUUUGCCACUGCUGCCAUUGCCCCCUUUGCUCUUUUUCUUGAAAGGAAAGUGAGGCCUAAGAUAACAUUCACAAUUUUCUUGCAAAUAUUCGUUUUGGGUCUUCUAGGGCCGGUGAUUGAUCAGAACUUCUACUAUGCCGGGCUGAAAUUCACAUCCCCAACUUUCUCGUGUGCCAUGAGCAACAUGCUCCCCGCAAUGACGUUUGUCAUGGCUGUCCUUUGCAGGAUGGAGAAGGUGGACAUAAAGAGAGUGAGGUGCCAAGCAAAAGUGGUGGGGACUAUAGUGACAGUGGGGGGAGCCAUGCUUAUGACAUUGUACAAAGGGCAUGCAGUGAAUUUGUUGUGGUCAAACUUCAUCCACCCUAACAAAUCCAAUGUUCUCCAAACAUCAUCUGCAGAUUCUGACAAGGAUUGGCUCAAAGGCUCCAUUCUUCUCAUCUUUGCCACUCUUGCCUGGGCCUCUUUCUUCAUCAUCCAGGCUAUUACACUUAGGAAAUAUACAGCUCAACUUUCCCUCACAGCUUUGGUCUGUUUCAUGGGGACUCUGCAGUCAAUUGCAGUGACCUUUGCAAUGGAGCAUAGGGCCUCAGUUUGGAGCAUUGGCUGGGACAUGAACCUUCUUGCUGCUGCAUAUGCUGGGAUUGUGUCAUCAAGCAUUGCUUACUAUGUUCAAGGGAUAGUGAUGCAGAAGAGGGGGCCUGUUUUUGUGACAGCUUUUAGUCCUUUGAUGAUGAUCAUUGUUGCUAUCAUGGGAUCUUUCAUUCUUGCUGAGAAAAUCUAUGUUGGAGGUAUAAUGGGUGCUGUGUUGAUUGUCUUUGGACUGUACGCUGUACUGUGGGGAAAGUACAAGGAAUACAAGGAGAAAGAAAUGAUUGAAGCCAUUGCAGAACCAGUGAAAGACCAGAAUAGGAUGAUGAUGAUGGUGGUGGUAGAAGAAGAUUGUGAUGUUGAUAUAGAAAUGCAGAAAACUGAGGCAAAUAACAGAGCCGCCGCCGGCGAUGCUCCGGCACCGGCAUCGGCGUCAGCCAUUACUGCUCCGGCAGCCUCCUAAGCUUUGAAUUAACUGUUCUUAGGAAAAAUAAAUUAGAAAGCAGCUAAGGGAAAGGCGAAGGGCAUUUUCGUUCUUUUGACUUUCACUUUUUUUUUUUUUUUUUUUCUAUGGCAUAUCACAAGGAGGUGGAUUGUAACUUUUAGUUUAACUUAAUGUUUCUUGAAAAAAAAAUUAUGGAAGAAAAAAAGUAUUACUCGUUA